AUGAAUGAGCCACAAAUAGUGGUGCGAAGUGCGCAUGUGUACGCGCGCUCGAUAAUCGCACUACGUCCGUGGCGAGGCACGUGUCUGUGGUCCAAGGAGGUGCUUCUGAGACCCCAAGCCCACGCGGUACUCGGUAGUGGGAUCCGAAUACUGUCUCCGCUCGCGCACAGAACGCGCGGGGUGAGCUUGCGCGCUACUCCGCUGUGUGUACGUCACUCGUCACUCGUCAGUCGUACGCUCGUGUUUAUCGGAGAGGACUGCUGCCCGGUCGGUAUAUUUUUUUGUUGUUGCAUUCGAUAUCGGGAAAGUGUUUUCCACCGCGUCCGUAGCGGGCGGGUUCUGGCCCGUAGUGUCGUCUCGGUGGAUGGUGGGACGCCAGGGGGCGCCGGGGCGCGGCCGGCGGCGCCGCUAGCAAAAUGUCGAUACCCCUCAACCGGGAGACCGUUCUACCCACGCAGGUGA